CAGCGGAGAGCAGGGCAUUCGGUGCUUAAAUAUUCCGGGUGAUUUACAAAUUUAUUCGUUGCCCCGCUGCGGAUUACAAACACAUCAGCAGAGGAAAUAUACGGGAUAAUAAGCAGACUGUUGUGGACCCUUUUUAUGGCGGAUUGCCUCGUGAAUAUGAUUCGUAUCAGUAACGGAUCCACGCUUAAAAGGCAAGUACGGGCCUUCAUACUUGUUUUUCUCAUCGAGGCGACAGUGUGCCAGAUCCGCUACUCUGUCCCAGAGGAGAUGAGAAAGGGCUCCUUUGUCGGAAACGUGGCUGAAGAUCUGGGUAUCGACGCUAAAAGACUGAAAUUAGGAAGUGCCCGAAUUGUUAGUGGUGAUAGCAACGAGUAUAUCCGGCUGGAUGUAGACAAAGGGACUCUGGUCGUGGGAGAAAUAAUAGAUCGAGAGCAGCUCUGUGGGCAGACAUCGCCCUGUAGCUUAAAUUUUGAAAUGAUAAUGAUGAAUCCAAUGCAACUGCACAGCGUCGUAGUGGAGGUGUUGGAUGUAAACGAUAAUGCACCCGUGUUUCGCGAGAAAGAAAUGCAUUUAGAAAUACUCGAAUCUGCUCUUCCAGGUACCGAAAUAUUACAAAUGAGUGCCACCGACCUAGAUGUGGGUGUUAACGCUUUACAUGGCUAUACGUUACACCCAACGACGCAUUUUAAUAUAAAGGUCCUGUCCAGCCCCAAUGGUCAUAAAUAUGCACAGCUGUAUCUCGCCGGUGCUUUAGAUCGAGAGAAAGAAGAAAAGCUGCUUCUCACGCUAACUGCUGUGGACGGGGGGGAACCACAGCGUUCAGGGACACUAAAAAUACAUGUAACCGUCCGAGACACAAAUGAUAAUGCCCCCGUUUUUACGCAGGCAAUUUUCAAGGCUUCGGUUAUAGAAAAUGUGCCAAAAGGAACCCUAGUGGUGAGCUUGAGCGCAACAGAUGCAGAUGAAGGAAUGAACGGUCGUGUCACGUAUCACUUUAAUCAUAUGUCCAGUAAUGUUGCAGAACUAUUUAUCCUGGAUGAAAACACCGGCGAUUUGACUGUAAACGGUGUUAUUGAUUAUGAGGAGAAUAAAAUAUAUGAGAUCGGUGUGCUGGCAAAAGAUCAAGGUGGACAAAGCACAUCAACAAAUGUCAUAAUUGAGGUGACGGAUGUAAAUGACAAUGCGCCAGUAAUAACACUGACCUCGUUUUCCAGUACCAUCGCCGAGAAUUCCCCGAGUGGAACCACUGUAGCAAUAAUUAACGUUAAAGAUGUAGAUUCAGGCAAAAAUGGCAAAGUGAGCUGCUCAGUUAAAGACAAUAUCCCGUUCACAAUCCAGUCAACUCUAAAGAAUUAUUACACUCUGGUAACAAGCGGUGCACUUGACAGGGAGCGUAAUCCUGAGUACAAUAUAACUUUCUCUGCCGUGGAUGAUGGAAGCCCACCACUCUCAAUUAACAAGACCAUAACACUUAGAGUCUCUGACGUCAAUGAUAACGCCCCUGUAUUUGAACAGAGUAAUUAUGAAGCUAAUAUUAUGGAAAAUAACUCACCAGGAUUAUCUGUGUUUUCCGUAAAGGCACACGACUUUGACUCGGGGCAGAACGCACGUGUCUCUUACCUGCUUAUUGACACUCAGAUGAACGGUAACCCCAUAUCCACUUACAUAUCUGUUAACGCAGAAACUGGAGUUAUACAAGCAGUGAGAUCAUUUGACUAUGAGCAAAUUAAAACUAUAAAUAUUCUAGUAAAAGGACAGGAUGGGGGCUCCCCACCUUUGAGUAGUAAUACGACUGUGAAAUUAAGUAUUCAGGACCAGAACGACAACCCCCCUCAGGUGCUAUACCCAGUCCAGACUGGUGGCUCUCUAGUGGCUGAACUGGUGCCUCGUUCAGCAGAUGUGGGCUAUCUGGUCACUAAAGUGGUGGCUGUUGAUGUGGACUCUGGACAGAAUGCCUGGCUCUCCUAUAAACUGCAGAAAGCCACAGACAGGGCGCUGUUUGAAGUGGGCUCACAGAAUGGAGAAAUAAGAACUAUCCGUCAAGUCACUGAUAAAGACGCAGUGAAACAAAGACUGAGUGUUAUAGUGGAGGACAACGGGCAGCCCUCUCAUUCAGCUACAGUCGUUGUUAACGUGGCGGUGGCGGACAGCUUCCCGGAAGUGCUGUCGGAGUUCACUGAGUUUCCGCACGACAAGGAGUACAACGACAACCUGACUUUUUACUUAGUGUUGGCUCUGGCUGUAGUUUCCUUCCUCUUCAUCACGUGUGUGGUGGUUAUUAUCUCAGUGAAAAUCUACAGGUGGAGACAGUCUCGCGUCCUGUAUCACUCCAACCUCCCUGUGAUUCCAUAUUAUCCACCACGUUACUCAGACACUUUGGGGACAGGGACUCUCCAGCACGUGUACAAUUACGAGGUGUGCAGGACGACUGACUCCAGAAAGAGUGACUCUAAAUUCGGCGGAGCUGGUAGUCAGAACGUGCUGAUAAUGGACCCCAGUGCUACAGGGACGAUGCAGCGGAUACAGAGUGAAAAGAGCAUCCUGGAUGAACCAGACUCUCCUCUUGAGGUGAGGCCUUUAACGUUUUGA